AUGAGGUUCGUUCCCUUAUCAGUGAUUUUGUUUGUCGCCCCCUUCAAUUUCAUCAACGGCUUAUCCAUUCGUGCAACAUCCAUUCGCGCAGAAGAAUCUCCGUCCAGGACAGAGUUCAGCAAAGGGCAUGCAUGUGCUGAUUUAGCUGACGAUAAUUACUACGACAUUAGGGCAGAGUCCUCGUUGUAUUUUUCCGCUGACAAAGAAGCUCGACGGAGGAACUCCCCCGUUGGAGACAACUCACAACUGCAGUGUCAGAGCCCGGCGGCGUGUGCCUAUAGCGGACUCGCAGAGCAAGCGAGCUGUUUCAAUGGGAACGGGGGAGACGGAUUCUCCACACCAGAUUGGCGAUGCGAGGCAAUAUUCCCCGACCUCACGUACCGCGUGUAUUCUUCGGUUGUGAGCUGUGAAGAAAUCUCUGGAAGACUGAAGUACUGCGUUCUCAGAGGUUCUUGUAUCUUGAUCUACGUACCGUAUAAACCCAUCACAAGCUCCGUGUUCUUCUUCAUGUCGGCUAUCAUCUUGACAGGAGUCUUUUGUCUACUGAUGAUAGUCUGUAGGCUGCGAAUUUCUCGUCUAGAACUCCAGCGGAGAGAUCCUCUUCAAGUUCGAUCUCGCACAAUUCAGGACGAGUAUGAUUCUACGAUUGACGUUCCCCCGUCGUACAACACCGUGGAGAGGAGUCCGACGCGUUUCAAGAAACCUUUCCAUGGCAACGCCGAACGCGCUCUAUCUGAGACUCCGCCGCCAGAAUACGAAACAUGUUCCGGUGAAGAAUCGUGAAGAUGGAGGGGGAUGCCUUUUGCAUCUCGUCGCAGACUUCACCUGACCAGAGACAGUGAAGUCUCGUUACAACGAACCUCGCGGAACCGAGGAGGGGGGACUGAAUCAUUGUCAUUGUAAAUAUUUGAAUCAUCCGAUGAACACAAUAAUCGAACGAAGUAGUCGGACUUGAUCUCUCGGAGGAUUCCGGUAUAUUGGAGCUGAUAAGAUGUCGAAUGAGGAAGCUUGCCGACAAUAUUGUCGUCUCCCUGUCCCGAUUACCUUAUCUCGGAGGGUAUUUCAGACAUA